AUUGUAUUUUGACUUUUCUAAAAAUUUGUACUUUGACAUUUCCGUAGACAUUUGAAUACCGAAGAGAAUUCCUCUUCAUUUACCAUAAUGCCUGAAAAAAAUGUCCAGUGGGACAGUGACCCCAAAUCAUGGUCGAAACCCAUUAAACCAUUGGAGGAAAAGUGGAAACUUGUGCCGGCUUUUCUCAAAGUCAAGGGACUAGUAAAACAACACAUCGAUUCUUUUAAUCAUUUCGUGAAUUUGGACAUUAAAAAGAUCAUCCAAGCUAAUCAGAUUGUCCAGAGUGAUGCCGAUCCAAUGUUCUACCUCAAGUAUCUGGAUGUCACUGUGGGAACGCCCGACAUCGAAGAUGGUUUCAAUAUCACAAAACAAACGACACCCCAUGAGUGUCGACUGAGAGACGUCACCUAUUCAGCACCGAUUACUGUGGAUAUUGAGUACACCAGGGGCUCGCAGAGGAUUAUCCGGAAUAACCUAUUGAUUGGGCGGAUGCCAAUAAUGUUAAGAUCGUCAAAUUGUGUCUUGAGUGGAAAGUCUGAGUACGAGUUGGCCAAAAUGAACGAAUGUCCAUUGGAUCCAGGUGGAUAUUUCGUUGUGCGUGGACAGGAGAAGGUUGUACUUAUUCAGGAACAGUUGUCAUGGAAUAAGAUGAUCACCGAAGAGUUCAAUGGCCAAGUCCAGUGUCAGGUGACAAGUUCGACCCAUGAGAAGAAAUCCAGAACUCUGGUGUUGGUUAAACACGGGAAAUACUAUCUCAAGCAUAAUUCUAUGACAGACGACAUCCCGAUUGUUGUGAUAUUCAAAGCUAUGGGAAUCAUCUCGGAUCAAGAAAUUAUGUCUCUCAUUGGGACGGACACAGAAACGCAGAAUAGAUUCGCUUCAUCUUUGAUGGAAGCUUUCAAUCUCAAAGUUUUCACUCAGCAGCGGGCUCUUGAGUACAUGGGAUCUAAGCUGGUAGUGAAACGAUUUACCACAGCAGCUACAAAGAACAAGACACCAUCAGAAGAAGCUCGGGAGCUUCUCAUGACUACAAUCUUGGCACACGUUCCAGUAGAGAACUUCAACUUCCAAAUCAAAUCGAUCUAUGUUUCUCUAAUGGUUCGGCGAGUUAUGGCCGCAGAAUUGAAUAGCGAAGCCUUCGACGAUCGUGACUACUAUGGCAACAAAAGACUAGAGUUAGCGGGAUCCUUGAUAUCUCUGAUGUUUGAGGAUCUCUUCAAGAGGCUCAAUUGGGAGCUGAAAAUGAUCGCGGAUAAGAAUAUCCCCAAAGUCAAGGCAGCCCAAUUUGAUGUUGUGAAACACAUGCGUGCCGCACAGAUAACUGUUGGCUUAGAGUCUGCCAUAUCCUCGGGAAAUUGGACCAUUAAGCGUUUUAAAAUGGAGCGAGCCGGUGUAACUCAAGUUCUCUCGAGAUUGAGUUACAUUUCUUGUCUUGGUAUGAUGACCAGGGUCAAUUCACAAUUCGAGAAAACUCGAAAAGUUUCUGGACCCCGUUCACUGCAGCCCAGUCAAUGGGGUAUGCUUUGUCCUUCGGACACUCCUGAAGGAGAGGCUUGUGGUUUGGUCAAGAAUUUGGCUCUGAUGACUCACAUCACCACAGAAGUUGACGAGGGGCCAGUCAUAAGACUCGCAUUCAAUGCGGGGGUUGAAGACAUUCGCUUGGUUGGUGGAGAUGCCAUCAACAAUCCUAAAGUUUUCAUGGUCUUCAUCAAUGGUAACAUUCUGGGAGUUACCAUCUGCUACAAACGACUUGUCCAGGUCUUCCGAAUGAUGCGACGGAAGGGCCUCGUCGGGCCAUUUGUGUCUAUUCAUACAUCGCACACCCAGCGAUGUGUCUACAUACACACAGAUGGCGGCCGACUGUGUCGUCCUUACAUCAUAGUGAACAAAGGCAAACCCAUGGUGCAGCAGUGCCACAUUGAUGAGCUCAAACGUGGUGUUCGAAAAUUUGAAGAUUUUCUAACUGACGGCCUGGUGGAGUACCUUGACGUCAACGAGGAGAAUGAUUCAUUUAUUUCUUGGAAUGAGGCAGAAAUCAGUGCGGAGAAUACAACUCAUCUCGAAGUUGAGCCAUUCACAUUACUUGGGGUGUGUGCUGGUCUAGUUCCCUAUCCUCAUCACAAUCAGAGUCCCAGAAACACUUAUCAAUGUGCUAUGGGUAAACAAGCGAUGGGCGUUAUUGGUUACAAUCAAAAGAACCGCAUCGAUACGUUGAUGUAUAAUCUGGUAUACCCACAAGCUCCAAUGGUCAAAUCACGUACCAUCGAGUUGACGAACUUUGAUAAGCUUCCUGCUGGCCAGAAUGCAACUGUUGCAGUCAUGAGCUAUUCUGGCUACGAUAUCGAAGAUGCUCUGAUUUUAAAUAAGGCUUCGAUUGAUCGAGGCUAUGGGAGGUGUUUGGUUUACAAGAAUUCCAAAUGUACGGUCAAGCGAUAUGCAAAUCAAACCUAUGACAGAAUUAUGGGUCCUUUAAAGGAUUCAGCAACUAAUAAGGUUGUGUUUAAACAUGAAGCUCUCGAUACUGAUGGAAUAGUUUCUCCCGGUGAGAUGGUGGUUAACAAGCAGAUUCUCAUCAAUAAAGAAAUGCCUGCUGUAACCUCAAUCAACCCCAUUGAACAAAAGGAGCCAGGCCAAUCGGGAGUUCAAUAUACGGCAGUUCCUAUAUCGUACAAAAAUCCCGAACCAAGUUAUAUCGAAAAGGUUAUGGUUUCUGCUAAUGGAGAGGAAGAUUUCCUAAUUAAAAUCCUCCUAAGACAAACUAGGCGCCCUGAAAUCGGUGAUAAGUUCAGUUCUCGUCACGGACAAAAGGGUGUGACCGGUUUGAUUGUCGACCAAGAGGAUCUGCCCUUCAAUGACUUCGGAAUAUGUCCAGACAUGGUUAUGAAUCCUCACGGUUUCCCAUCUCGAAUGACAGUUGGUAAAACUCUGGAACUGCUGGGCGGUAAAGCAGGACUACUAGAGGGUAAAUUUCACUAUGGCACAGCUUUUGGCGGGUCCAAGUGCAAGGACAUUCAAGAUGAGCUCUUCAAACAUGGAUUCAAUUACAUGGGAAAGGAUGUCUUCUAUUCGGGAAUCACUGGUGAACCUCUGGAGGCGUAUAUCUACUCUGGACCGGUAUACUAUCAGAAGCUUAAGCAUAUGGUGCAAGAUAAAAUGCACGCUCGUGCUCGGGGACCUAAGGCUGUGCUAACAAGGCAACCCACCCAAGGUCGUAGUCGAGAAGGUGGUUUGCGUUUGGGUGAAAUGGAACGUGAUUGUCUUAUAUCUUAUGGGGCUAGUAUGUUGAUAAUGGAACGAUUGAUGAUUUCAUCAGAUGCAUUUGAUGUUGAUGUAUGUAAGACUUGUGGACGACUGGCGUAUUGUUCGUGGUGUCAUUUCUGUCAGUCGUCUGCGAAUGUAUCUAAGAUUUCAAUGCCUUAUGCAUGUAAGUUGCUUUUUCAAGAGUUGACCAGUAUGAAUGUUGUGCCCAAGUUAAAGUUACAAAAUUAUUAACUUAUUGAAGAUGUAUUCAAUUAUAAGAAUCUGAUUUGUUACUAAAA